CGGAUAGAUAACGUCAAAAUGCCAAAUACAGAAACCAUUAAAUCUCAGUGAUGGUUCCUAGAUAAUAAAAUGAAAAUAUAGGUUUAUAAUUCUCGGAAAUGGAUGGAAUAAUCAGUCUUCACGAUAAUGUAUUAGAAGUUAUUUUUUCAUAUUUAUCUUUACAUGAUCUACGGAAUUGUUCCUUAGUUUGUAAAAGAUGGUAUGAAUUCCUGAAUGACGAAAAUAAUGAUGUAUGGAGGUUACACUGCAUUAGGAAACUUGCUGAAGAAGCCUUAAAAUCAGAUUUAUUGUCCUCGGUACCUACCUAUAAAGCGAAACUGCGUGCAUUUCAUCAUGCAUGGAACCCAAAUGAUUGCUCUAGAAACAUUUAUAUUAAGCCAAAUGGGUUCACACUGCAUCGGAAUCCAGUAGCCCAAAGUACUGAUGCUGCAAGAGGCAAAAUUGGGUUUAGACAUGGUAGACAUGCUUGGGAAGUUAUUUGGGAAGGACCCUUAGGGACAGUUGCUGUUAUAGGCAUAGCUACUAAAGAUUCUCCUUUACAAUGCCAUGGGUAUGUGGCAUUAUUAGGAGCCGAUGACCAGAGCUGGGGUUGGAAUUUGGUGGAUAAUCAUCUUUUACAUAAUGGGGAUGCUCAGGGCAAUUAUCCUCUGUUGAACAAUGCACCAAAAUACCAGGUUGGAGAAAGAAUCAGAGUUAUUUUAGACUGUGAUGAUAAUACCUUAUCUUUCGAAAAAAACUAUGAAUUUUUGGGAGUGGCUUUCAGAGGAUUACCUGAUAAAAAGCUGUACCCAACUGUCUCUGCUGUUUAUGGCAACACAGAAGUAUCAAUGGUAUACUUAGGGCCUCCUUUAGAUGGCUAACAUUGCUUUUCUAUGAGCCGAAUGCUCAGAAUUACUAAAGCUGUUUAGAGAGAAACAUGUCUGAUACAAGAUGGAAUUAAAGGUCAGUUCGGUUUGCCCAUGUGAUAUUAAAGAAAAUAACUUUCUUCUCUUGAAGACAUGUGGAAGUGUUUAUAUAGUAAGGAUUUUCCAGUAAUAAGCUGAAAUAAUUUAUGCAAUGAAUGCAAAAUGUAGUAUUUGGCAGUUUUUGAGAACCUCCAAAUUCGAAUUGGCUGAAAAAUUUAUUUACUCAUAUAAUUCAAUUCUAUAUGACACUAUCAGCAUAAUUUUGUUAGAUGUUGGCCCACCCAAAGUUUGUAGAUACACAGUGUAAAGUUAAUACAAUUUCAAAAUUCCUAUCUCACAUUUACAAAUUCUUUUAGCUUUGAAAACGCUACUGAUUGACUUCAUUUCUUUGGAUUAAAUUACCAUUGAUUAACUUCUUCAACCAAAACAGAACAAAUCUUCGAAAUAUAGCUCAUAAUAAUAUAUUAUGUGAAUUAUUCUAUCAAUUUUUGUACAAGUAUGAACACCAGCACACAAUUUUAAACUGAUUUGAAUUAUAAGACAUUUGAAUCUCCAAAUUUCACUGUUUUUCUAUGAAGAAAUAGAUUAAAAAAUGAGUAAUGUGAAAAAAAAGACAACAAAAACUGGCAAAUUCUUCAUGAGCUUCCAGAGAAAUUUGUGCUCUGAAAUUUGUCCACAAUAUGUUCCAAAUCUCCUGCAUUUUCUCUCACUAGAAUAAGUUUUUUCCAAUGGAAAAACAAAUUUACGAGACGUUUCAGUUGUAUUGAAACAUGAGAAAAUGCAAUGAGGUGAUUUAAGGAUGAUUGUUUUUCCCCUAGAUGUUUUUGUUUUUAAAUGUAAGUUCUCCCAACCGUGAAGUGCUUUUAUGGGAACUUUUUCACAUUAUGCAACUGAAUUUUUAUUUGAUGUUUUACUUUUUUUGAAUUUAUUUGCAUAUUUUUUAUCAUUAUGCAAUAUAUGGGAAGCAGUGCAUUUUUCAUUGAGGAUGAUGGAAGUAUAAUUUUAAUCAAAAUGAGUCUCAAAGCCACGAGCAAUAUUUUACAAUAUUAUUUCUAUAGAAUGUGUAGAAAGAUGAAAAAUGUGCUUCGUGUGAGUAAAAUUCUUUUUGCCAAUUUUAUGAGACAUACUUUCGGGCGCAGUCAGCAGGAUUGACAGUUUUUACCCCCUCAAAACUUAUACAGUGUUAUGAACCACAAACAAGUGAAAAUAGUUAAGCCAUUCAGAAGCAGAAAACAAAUUUUCCUGCAAAAUUAACAGCACUAACACAAAUUUCAAUGAUAUUCAUAAAUAUCAACUUUUUUUGAUUUUUUUAUUGAAAACUUGCACAAAUUCAUUAUUGAGUUGAAUUACAUUUUUUUGGGGGGAAAGCACUUAUCACUACCCUAUCUUAAAAAAUAAUGCAAAUUUUGUACUUUUACCAAAGUUCCAUCGUUGAAAACUUAAGUUACCUGUCCAUUAAAAGUCUCGAGUAUUGUACAUAAGUAUCCCUAAUAAUAAUAUAUUUAGUUGAAAUUAGUAUAAGAAAUAAGAAGUAUCCUUUUUGAUGAAAUUCAGCACCAAAAUGGUUGGGCACUCCUUUUCAUUAAAUUGAAUUUCUCGAUAGGCUAAUAUGUGAGGGACUUCAUACUUCAAAUUUAAUUUUUUCUAAGUAAAUUUCAUUUAUAAGCGAGUACCCAACUGUAUCUGAAGUACGAAGUCUUCGUAUUGAAUAGUGUGUACUGCCGUUAAUCGUAUUUGAUUCACUAUGAUUUUUGAUACAACGACAAAUUGAGAUAAUCAUGCUUGGAAAUUUUUUUCUUAAUUUUGCCGCCAAUUUCCUCGAAAAUCAGAAACCAGUUUGAACCUGAAGAGUAAUUAAUGGGAUUUUCAGUUUAUUGUUUGUUAUUUGUGAUUUUAAUUGAUGCUGUGAUAAUUUAUUUUUAUCAAAUUUUUUUGAUUUUAUGUAAUAGAAGACCAAUAAUUAUUUAAAAAUCCUGUGGGACGAAUAUCCUGGUUUUUGUAACUUUUAUUUCUUACUGAUUAUAUAUUUAUUUAUCUUAUUCACAUCAUGUGUUGUGUUUUAAUAAGUACAUUUUAAUCGCCAUUUUAUUAUAAAUGGUGCCAAUUAUUCGUUAUUUGAAUUUUUGUACCCUUUUUUCUACCUCUAGAUGAAUCAUACCGUUCUCUGAAGUGUCAAUAGCAAGAUGAGAUGUUUGUUAUUGUUGCUUCAUUUUAUUCUUGUAAAUAUACACAAUACCAUGUA